AUGCCGUCAAAUUCACCCAUAUCGAUCGAUGUGAAGGAGUACCUUCAAAUAAAAGACACUAAUCCACCAGACUAUGCGGAUCUCCAGAAACUCCCGUUCGGUAAGAAAUUCAAUAUGGAUUUUAUGCGCAAACCACCUCAUCCAUCCCGCGCAAAGGGAGAAGAGGAAUAUCGACAAGGAAACUAUGCAAAUGCGAUCGAUUAUCUCUCAGAAGCACUCGAACACAACAAAAACAGCUACACCACUCUUUGCAACAGAGCAAUGGCAUACGCGGCAACGAAAAACUUGUCUGCUGCGUUCGACGAUUUGAACCUUGCAAUAGCAAUGAGACCUAACGAAUCGCGGGGCCUUUUACUCGCAGGAGAAUAUUGCCGCAUUGCUCAUAUGUACGAGAUAGCGUUACGCUGUCUGAAUAAAGCAUUAGAAUUUGAUCUGUUCAGUAAACAUUUAUGGAACAGCAGAGGCGCAACUUACUAUGCACAAGGCAAAUACCAAAAAGCAACUGACGAUUUCAACCGAGCUCUCGUACUCAAGCUAUCCGACAAGUUUGCGCUGAGGAAACUGGCUGAAAUGAAUUGGAGUAUCGGGCAAUACUCGGUUGCAAUAUCUAAUUUCAACAAGCUCCUUGCAGUUGAUCCGGAUAAUAGCCGAGCACUUUACUUGCGAGGAGACUGUCUAUCAAAAUCUGGACAACUGCAAGCGGCGCUGGCCGAUUUCAACAAGGCGCUCUUGUCCAAUCCGAACGACACCAAGAUCCUGUUUAGCAGAGGGAGUGUGUACACAACACUCGCGCUUUAUCCACAGGCGCUGGACGAUUUUAACCUCAUCCUACAAUUAGACAAUAACAACUCGCGUGCUAUAAGAGCGCGUGCCGAUGUAUACAGACUAAUGGGCAGAAACACCGAGGCGCUGAAUGAUCUAAACUCUGCGUUGGAAUCGGGCACAGAUCAUGCAGAAGUUUUAUUCGAGAGAGGUAGAUUGUACAAAGAAAUGAAAAAAUACGACUUGGCGAUCCAAGACCUGCGUAAUGUCAUUGCCGAAAACCCCGAACACUCUCGUGCGUUAGCUCAUCUAGGGGAUACAUAUAGGUUUCUGGGCAAGCCAAAUGAUGACUAUGUAUCACAGUCAAUUGACAAGGCUAGAUUGUUACAGAUGCAGGAGAGGAAUUUGAGCAUGAGAGAGACGAAUGGCGUAAGGGCUAAUGUAGAGACACACGAAAGCAUUGGUGCGAGUACGGGCACGCGUAGUGUUGAGAACUUUGCGAACGCGGGCGAAACUGUUGUUGAGAAUGUGGGCAAGACUAUGGAUGAGAGUGUGAGCGUAGCAAACAUGGAUGAUAGUGUGGUUGAGAGUGUAGACAAGACUGUGAUUGAAAGUGUCGGCGUGAGUGAGAGUAUGGGCGAGCGUUCGGUUGAGAGUAUGUGCGAGAAUUCGAGUAUGGGCGAGCGUUCGGUUGAGAGUAUGGACGAUAGGCUUGUCAAUAAUGGAGAGAUAACGAAUAUUGCAUCAUGA